AUGGCUGCUGCUCCAUCGUCUCGUCCGUUUGAAUAUCUCGAAGGCCUUCCUGGCACGGUCUUCUUCAAGCUUUACCAGCAGCCAUCCACCGCCCUCGCCAUCUUCAGGCGCAUGCUGCCUGACUUGGCAAAAUGUUUUGUGAUGGCACUGCUGUACCUCAAGGAUCCGCUCCCCGCAGCGGAUCUGGAGGUGUGGGUUAAAUCCGAGAGCUUGAAGGAACGUGACAACGCGCUUUCGAUCCUAGGCAGGCUACAUAUUUUGUCUAAUACCGUCAUCGCCAACAAUGUCCGGGCCUACAUGGUUACCAACCCGUUCGCUGCCUCGCUGCGACAUGCUCUUACGGGAGCUGAGCAGACGCAGUCCUUCGGUGUUCUCGCACAGGUACCCGACGCGUCAGCAGUCUCCAUCGCCAACUUGGAUGAAUACGCGAGGAGACAAUGGGAAGGUGUGCUGGGAUAUAUGGUGGGAACCAGCGGACUGGGAAUCCAGCGGGACGUAAAUCUGAGCAAAGGCGUGAAACAGCUUCUGCAAGCCGGUCACUUGGUGGAGAUCAGAAGCAGUCGCGUUGACAUCACCAAGGACGGCUUUGCCUUUGUUCUGCAGGACGUCAGCACGCAGGUGUGGCACAUUCUGAUCCUGUAUGUGGAAAGCGCCGAAGCCAUCGGGAUGGAUAGCGUCGAGGUGCUCUCGUUCGUCUUCCUGCUCAGCAGUCUCGAGCUCGGCAAAUCGUACGAAAAGAGGCACCUCACCUCGAACCAACUCCGGACCCUAUCCGAUCUGGCCGACUUCGGGAUCGUCUAUCAAGAGUCACCCGAUGCCUCGCAUUUCUACCCCACCCGCCUGGCGACUACGCUCACGUCUGACUCCAGCGCGUUGAGCAAUCCGAUCUCCGGCUCUCUCUCCGGUAGUCCUACCGGCAAUUCCGGCAAAGCUGGAACGGGCUUCAUCAUCAUCGAAACCAACUACCGGCUUUACGCGUACACUUCGUCUCCUCUGCAGAUUUCCCUCAUCGCGCUCUUCACCACACUGAAGUACCGCUUCCCGAACCUCGUCACGGGCAAGAUCACCCGUCAGUCGAUCCGGCGGGCCGUCGAGAUGGGCAUCACCGCCGACCAGAUCAUCUCGUACCUGUCCACCCACGCGCAUCCGCAGAUGCGCAAGCACAACGCCUCUCGAUCCACGUCCAACCAGGCGGGGAUCUCACAGUCGAUCCUCCCGCCUACGGUUGUGGACCAGAUCCGUCUCUGGCAACUGGAACGAGACCGUGUCAAAGCAACGGCUGGGUUCUUAUUCAAGGACUUUGUCAGCCUGGCAGAGUACGAGGCUCCGUGCCGGUAUGCGGAAGAGAUUGGCGUUCUUGUGUGGAAGUCGGAUCGCAAGCGCAUGUUUUUUGUCACCCGACACGAACAGGUUGCGGCUUUCCUACGGAGUCGGAAGUGA